CUUAACUUGAACCUACUGCACAGUUUGUGCUCGCUGGUGGCGUCCAGAGCAACUUGUUCGCGACGUGCUCCGCUCUCGCCAACACCGUCACGGGGGAACUGUUCUCUAUUGACCUCGGAGGCGGCAAAGAAUACCGCAGAUUUGCCCCCAAGAAUGUGACUGCUGUUGAUUGGGUGAAGCUGAACAGCAGCGGCGCAUCGACGGACAUCAUCGCCUGCGCGGACGCCGCGUUUGCGAGGAACGCUCCCGUGUUCAAGAUCAACGGCUCUUGUUAUGCAGGAGCCGCUAGUGGCAUAACUCUGUACGGCAUCCAGAACGACGAGCAGGACUGCGGUGACGCGCCUGCUGAAGUUGUCUACGCCAUGACGCCUCUUGACGGGUGCCUCCGCAGCAACAGCGACAACACAGGCCUCGUCUUCAAUGAUUAUGCUGAAACCCCGUACGACCGUGAACUGAUGCCGCAAAGGCUGACUUGCUGCAAUAAAAUAAUAGCCGGACAUUGCGUCGAGAUUACGGCGAGGAGUAAUCCUCCUGACUGGAGUGAAGACGUCUCGUACUGCGAGGCCAAAACCCGGUGCGAGGCCCUCGGCUUGCAGCUGGCGUCCUACGAGUUGCAGACCAACACCGAAAUUCAGGAAUACGCGCUAACUAAAUCAAAAACAUUUUCUGGCACAGGUUCGUAUUUCUGGAUCAACACGCAGCUUGGAGAAGGGGGCUACUACCGCUGGCUUCCCGACGGCCAGAAUGUUACCCUUCCUGUUUAUGGCGGGGUCAAUCCCUCUAAAAAAUGUGCUGUAUUCGAUGCCUCUGCUAAAGAUAUUAAUCCGGUUGAUUGCAAGACAUUGUAUGAAGAACUGGCCCUCUGCAUCGGCCCCAACACAUCCCUGAAGCAGUGCUGAGAAGCAUUGAGGCGGUUACUACAACACACACACAUUUUUCAGGAUUUUUCUUGAUAUUUUAGCUUUGCGUGCUGAGUGAAAUAUUUCAUGGGCCUUCUUAUGGCUUCCAUUUGUCAAAAAUUCUUAGUUACCUAUGCUUAUUUCAAUUUUGUCUUCAGAAAGAAACUAUUUCUCCAUGCUGAGAUAUUCUGCAUUAUUCUGCCUCGCCAAUGAAUUGACAGGGCUUAUUUCUUGCUGAGCCAGUAGGAUACGUUCUGACACUAAGAACUAAUGAGGAUCUUGCAGACACUGCGGUUUCCUGGCUGCCAGUAUGGAUACAUUCUGACACUGAGAACUAGCGAGGAUCUAGCAGUCACUGCAGUUUGCUGGCUGCCAGUAUGGAUAAGUUCUGACACUAAGAACUAGCGAGGAUCUUGCAGACACUGCAGUUUCCUGGCUGCCAGUAUGGAUAAUGUUGUGA